UUGUAGCAGCGGGCAUUAGAUGCCCUUUAGAACUCAACUUAGAGUACAAUUUAAUUAACAAUAUUUAUGCUUCAAUGAAUUUAUCAAGUACAACUACCGAUUGUGCGCUUAAAAUCAAAAUGGCUGGGAAUCCGGUCGUAUCCGAUUGUACAUUAGUUUGGAUUUACAGUGAUAAUUAUCGUUCGCUGUUUGAUGAUUUAGAGUGCGAUCAGACGUCAACAAAAAUAAUAAAAGAUCUCACACAGCUGGAACGUAACGAGCUGUAUGCUUGGAAACCAGUAAUGUGCCCCAGCAAAUGCAACUGUUACACACAAUCUGAAUUCUUUCACAUCAAUUGCAACGGUGCGCAACUCGAUGUUAUCGAACAGCUUCCACGGCCUGAGCAAUUCGGGCUCAAGAGUUCGAUACUUAAUAUUACAGGUAAUAAUUUCAGUGUAUUGCCGUUAAACACCACCUUCGGCUAUGCCAACGUUUCGGAACUCUACGCGUCGUACAAUAAAAUCACAAACAUAAGUCUCACUCAACUGCCAACCAAUUUGAAGGUUUUAGAUCUACGAAAUAAUCGCCUAAAAUCUUUAAAUGAUGAAUUUUUACAUACAAUCCUCAAUGAUAACACAAAUCUGAAGUCUCUGUAUCUCAGUGAAAAUCCAUGGUUUUGCGACUGUGCCGCGCAGCAAUUACUGUUUACCAUACGUGCAAAUCGCCAACGAAUACUCGAUGUCAAGAAGUUACACUGUGUUAAUUUACGGAAUCGUACGCUCCUAACAGCAAAUGUGCUCGAAUUAUGCCAAAGUGCCGUUAAUGUUAAACAUUAUCAGUACAUGAUCGCAACUAUAAUAACUAUGGCGUUAAUCGUUAUUAUUUUACUUAGCAUUAUCGCACUUUUCUAUAAAUAUAAAUUAGAAGUGCAAGUCUGGUUAUAUGGACACAAUAUAUUGAGAUGUUGGAUUCACGAAACUGAGCUGGAUAAGCAUAAAACAUUCGAUGCGUUUAUUUCGUAUGCGCACCAGGAUGCAGACUUCGUCAACCACAUAUUACUGCCGCAACUCGAGCAGGGCGAACCACCAUUUCGUGUAUGCACGCACGAACGUAACUGGCUGGCUGGCGCUUAUAUACCGGAACAAAUCAUCGAAUCGGUCGAUCAGUCACGUCGUACGAUCAUUGUACUCACACAGCACUUUAUUGAGUCGGAUUGGGCGCGCAUGGAGUUUCGCACAGCACAUCAGUGCUCGUUGAACGAAGGUCGUGCGCGCAUAAUAAUGAUUAAAUAUGGUGAAAUCACGAACAGUGAGUUAUUGGAUAAAGAACUGAAGGCAUAUUUGGAUAUGAAUACAUAUUUUGAUUGGCAAGAUGAUAGAUUUUGGGAUAAAUUACGGUACGCCAUGCCACAUAAAAUGGGUAAAAAGAGGAAUACCGAUAUGCUAGAAGUUAGUGGAAGAAUGUAUGUUAUGGGACAAGUUGAGAUCAAUCGUUUGCGUGACAAGAGUGUUUAAAUUUGUUGUAGAAUGGUCUGUGAUAAAGCAAUUAUUUGAAGGAAGAUACUUGAGCAAAUCUCUCCUUUCUUCUGUGAAUCAAAAAGUCAUUCAAAGUGUUGCAACUAAGAGAAAGGGAGAAAAGGAAUCUUAGCCGAACUGGUAGCCCAAUCAGAAGUGAUCGCACAAACUCUACAAUUCCAAUUUUAUCAAGUAACUUAUUACAUCAAUUAUGCUGUAUACUUAAUAAAUAAAACAGAUAACAUUUA